AUGGCAUCGCUUUUGGAUUCCACUGCCACUUUCGAGACGCGCGCAAAGGAGCAUGGCCUCCCGGCCUCAACAGUGGCCAUUCUGCUCGCCCGUGGGGUCGAUACUCUGAAUAAGGCGGCUUUUGCUGUGGGCACGCCGGGCUCGCAGGCUACUGAAGAGGAGCUUCGUGCACUUGUUGCGCCGCCAGCUACGGCUGAAGAUGCGGAGGAUCCAGCGGAGGUUUCCGCUGGUGUGCUUGCUUCUUUGCGUCGCCUCAUCUUUGAGAGCCAGACCAUGGCUUUGGCCAACCUCAAGUUGCAGGUUGAGGGUGGUGAUGCAGACCGUAAAAAGGACAUGCCGUUGGAAGAGAUUUCGACCCGCCUUAGGGAUCAGAAAGCCAGGCUUCGUGGUCUCGAGUUGUCUGGCGCUCUCGAGGUGAGUCAUUCUGCGUAUCAGCUUGUCUUCCGAAUGUUUCAGGAGAACGCCAUCUCCUACUUGAAGCUUGAGCGCUUUGGGACUAGGGCAGCUGAGGUAGCCCAGGAGCGGUCCCCGAAGGAACUGGUUGUUGAUGCGACGUCACAUCUUCAGGUUCGCAGUGCUCCGGUCCGUGAUGCUUGUGUCCUGUCCUCAGAUUUGGCCCUGGCACAGGCCCUGACCCGGCGCAGCUUGGCACUGGAUCUCGUGGGCCUCGCCUCCUUUGAGCAUGCUGAGAACUGGUCCCGAACGUUGCUGAACCAGCUGCAAAUGCACCCGCCCCCAGGCUUUCGGGCUGCUACUCAUGAGCAGCUCCUGCGUGCCGACAGGGCUGCCUUUCAGUACAUGGCCGAGACUUUGUCCACGCUGCGCAAGGACUCUGCGGGCCUGUUGCCCAUGGACGAGGCCUUUCAGCGCUUGCAGGCACAGCACCAGGUUAUGUUCCACCUCCUGCCUAUGCCGGGGUCCUCUGGUGGCGUCUCGCGUCCAGCGCGAGGUACGUCAGCUGAGCCAGUUGCUUCCUCACUCGGGGCUCCUGGGCCUUCCACCAGGCGCAAAAGGAAACGUGCGGGUAGUGCGCCGCCGCGUGCCGCAGGAGGAGGCUCUGCCCCCCCUCCACUGUUGCCUGCAGCCCCCCGACCGGCUGGUACUCGCAAGGAUUCCCAGUCCCAGUCUUACACCAAGGCGGGUAUGCAUAGCAAAACGCCUGAGGGCCGGCGCAUCUGUUGGGCUUUUAACUUGGCAAAGGGUUGCCCCAAUGGCGACGAUUGUCCCCGUGGUCUCCACCCCGUUGGGCCUGCCUUGACGACCUUUGCCGAUCGGCUUCGGGCUAGAGUGCGAGGCCGGCCCCUAUCUUCACUAGUUUUUGUCGAAAUUUUCGCCGGGACAGCUGCGUUGACUGCUGCGGUUCGUAGGAUUGGGUUGGGUGAUAGUUUCGGGGUUGACUUGCAUGUGCGGAGAGCUGUGCUUGGUCCGCUCCUGCGGCUUGAUUUAUCCGAUCCUGCUGGCAGAGAUGCCCUCGAGGCUAUCUUGCGCCUGGAUUCCGUUGUUGCAAUCCAUCUGGCCCCCCCGUACAACACGGCAUCCCGCGCCAGGGAUCGUCGUCGGCGUACUGGUCCCGACCCUCCACAAUUACGUUCAGACCUUUUUCCAGAUGGCUUGCCGUCUUUGCCUGCUGCGUCGCAGUCCCUUGUGGAUGCAGCAAACGAUUUGUAUGCGUAUUCGGCUUGGCUGUUCCAAUUUUGCUUUCAUGCUGGCAUUUUGCCAUCUGCUGAGAACCCUGGGCGAUCCUAUCUGUGGCAAACCUCACAGUGGGCUCCUGUUCGUGCAUUGCCCGAUCUUGUCUGCACCUUCUGGCAUCAUUGUAUGUUUGGCAGCGGUCGUGACACGUACACGCAGCUGCAACACCUUGGCACUCACCUGCAAGGCUUAGGCAAGUUGUGCUCCAAAGACCAUGUUCAUGCUCCUUGGGGGCGGGACCCUGCCACUGGGGUUUGGGCGUCCACUUCGAACUCUGCUUACCCUCCUCAGCUUUGCAGGGCUUGGUCUGAGUGUCUCUCCGCUGAGCUCCUGCAUCACGGUGCACAGCCCCGCCCUCGCGACCUCCAGGGUCUCGACGUGCACCCUGUGUCUGCUGCUGCCCAGGCGGCGGCCGCUCAGCGCCAACCGCGCUCCAAGCGCUUGCCUCCCCUAGUUACCGAGUUUAAGCUUGUGGUUACCCUAGUGGGUCCCGCCUCUACCCUUGCCUUGCCCGCCAAGUUGCCCGAGGCGGUCUCGCUGCCGCCCCAGGUCAAAUCGUCGCCGUCAGUGGCUCUGCUUCCGAAAGGUUCUCGCCGUCUUGCUCUGACUUUGCCUUUGGGGGAUGUCGGUCAGAGCGAACUCGAUCGUGCUGGACUUGAAGCUCAGUCGUCCCCUCCGUUCCCUAUGUCUGCCAGCCUGUCUGAUGAUCAAGCCCGGGCCCUGCUGAAGGUCCUGGGCGAGGCUUGCUCCGAGGACCUCUCCUCCCGUCGUCCAGGGGUCCUCAAGGGUUCGGGGAGUGGUACAAAGGGGUCUAGGUAUUUUGUCUUUGGGGCAUACAACCAUGGUUCAAGGUCGGGCCUCACAGCGUACACUAAAGGUCGAGAGAAAGCUGUUGGUGUCAUCAACUCUUUUGCGAAGGCCUUGUUGCCGCAUGCCACUUGGACCUCGAUUGCCGUGUCGCAUAACGAGCUUGCGUUGCCACACAGGGAUGUCUCCAAUGGUGAAGGCUCCUUGAACCACUCGAUGACGCUGGGAAGUUUUACUGCUGGCCGCCUUUUCCUCGCAGGUGGCGGCGGUGACGACCUCCUCAGCGACGCGACAGGAGUGGAACAUCGUGGGUUCUAUGUUGACAACCAUGCCAGGUUUGCCACCUUUAACGCAAGGUCUGUGCUGCAUGCAACUGAGGAGUGGCAAGGUGACAGGUGGGCUGUUGUCUUGUAUACGUGUAAGGACCCGCACUUUGACAAGUCUCAACUCGAUACCUUGUGUGGAAUGGGCUUUCAGCCCCCUUCCCAUUGGAGCAAUCCAGUUGGGGCUGAACCUGUGUCUGCUGCCUCUGCCGUGUAUGGCCUACCGUGGUCCCCUAAGGAGUUCGUUGAAGAGGCUGCUGCCAGGGAGCACCCGCUGCAAGCUUGUGUCGUCCCCUUGUGCGUCAAGGAAGCCAUUGACAAGGAGGCGAGGUGCUCGGCCCAUAGUUUGGCCCAGGACAGGACAGCGGUACUUCGCAAGUGGACGCUGCGCGCCCAGGAGCUCUUGGAUAGUGAAAGGCGGCUGCAUGAGAGCAUGCCGGAGCACGUUUCGGUUGUUCUUCAUGGCAAGCGGUUGCUUCUCCUCAAAGAGAUGCUACAAGACGCCGGUUACUGUGACGUUGGCAUUGUUGACCAGAUUGCCAGCGGCUUCGAUCUCAUGGGGCACAUUCCAGAGGCAGGUGUGUUCAGGUCCAAAACCGUUCCUGCCACCCUCACACCCGACGAGGUCCGCCGAACUGCAAAGCACACUAGGCAGGGCAUUCUCCUAGGGGCAGCUGAGGGCCUGCGCGAUGAGCAUGCCUCGCGCCUAUAUGAGAUAACGCUCGAGGAAAGGGACAAGGGUUGGUUGCAGGGCCCAGUGGACCCAUCUACACUUGACGAUCGCGCUUCGGUGUCCAGGAGAUUUGCCGUUUUCCAGUCGGGGAAGGUCAGGCCGAUUGACGACCUGAGUGAGUCGCUUAUCAACUCGACUACGUCUCGAACGGAGGCUGUGACACCACAUGGGCUUGACACCAUCUGCAGGUCACUUACUUGGAGGUUCCAACACCGGGCGACGGUCCCUGUGCCCAACAACCCCGUGCUUAAGUCCAAAGACCUGAGGAAGGCCUUCAAGCAGCUGGCCUUGUCCUCUGAAGGGGUUCUUGAUGGGUACUUGUGUGUUGGCAAUCCCGCCACAGGUAGGGUUGAGGUGUUUAGUUCUUCAGUCCUCCCUUUUGGAGGGUCUGCAUCUGUCACAGGCUUUUGCAGGACCUCGCAUGCGUUAUGGUACGCAGGCACGGUCCUGCUGUGGCUACAUUGGUCCGUGUACUUCGAUGAUUAUCUGGUUACUUGUGAGGCAAGCGUGUCUAAGCACUGUGACCUCGUCUUGUCAUCGUUCUUCGCUUUGCUUGGCUGGGGCAUUUCCGAGGAAAAGGAGGCAGAGUUUGCGACUGCUGCAAAGGUCCUUGGGGUUGCAAUAGAUGUGGGGUCAUGCAUGUUGGUUAGGGUCAGCAACACCGAUGAGCGAAAAGCUGAGCUCACUGACACCAUAACAGCGCUCCUUGACAAGGGUACCUUCAGCAUCAAGGAACUGACCGCUCUCAGGGGGCGACUUGUUUUCGCUGAAGGCCAGAUCUUCGGAAGGGGUUGUUACAAGCACCUGAAGGUUGUUGGGUCGCGCAUUAAGUCCGACCGUCCCGGAAGGAUCGAUCCGCAGAUGGCUGAUUCACUGCGAUUCAUCAGGGACCGUGUGGUUAAUGGCCCGCCAAGAACCGUGCGCGCUGUGCUCGAUGACACAGUUUUCUUGUACACCGACGCAUGCUUUGAGCCGGGUGAUGUGCUGCGCUUGUUGGGAGUCGACACGGCCCAAAAUCCCAUCUAUGUCCUUGAGGCAUUGGCCUUGAUUGCUGCUUUGCAGCUUUUCAAAAACGAUAUUCAGGGCAGAGAAGUGUUGGCUUUCCUUGAUAACGAUGGUGCACUUGGGUCCUUCAUUUCCUGUAAGAGCUCGUGCGAUUGCCUCGAACCUUUGCUUGAUGCGCUUGUGUCGUGUGAAGAGGCAUGCGUAUCCUCUCUCUGGUUCGAGCGUGUGAGUUCGGAAGCCAACAUUUCAGAUGCCCCCUCCAGGGGAGACUUCACAGAGCUUGAAGGCGUUCACAGGGUCCAUUGUGAUCUGCUAUCCCUCGUCCAGGACUUGCUCAAAUCGGCCCGAUGA